AUGGUAAUUGGCUAUCAAACAAUCGUAGGCUUCAUGCCGCGUCGAAACCUCCUCCUCCCGACAAUUUGUAUCGUCCUCCUUAUUGCGGCAUGGACCUUCCGAAAUCCGAGUCCCUCUAUUGAAAGAUGGCUUGACACAUCUGCUAUACGAGGUACUACAUCGCCGACGAUACCACCAAACUCAUCGCCACUCCUCUCAUCUUCUAACGGUCCUCCAACCCAAUUUCACAAUGAUGUCGAUUUAUCCUCUCCUGACGCUCCCUUUGUCGUCUGGCCGUUGCAAAGAGUAUGCAAAGAGGCUAUGUGGGUGGAAGGGUUAGUUUAUAUAUGCGACAACAAUUCUGGUGGAAUUGGUAAUAUACGAAAUUACAUCCAGACUUGCAUACGGUAUGGUCUCGAAGCUGGCGCAACGGGUUUCGUUAUGCCCAAGAUCCGAAAACGCAAUGAGACAGACCUAGCCGACCUCUUCACUGACUAUCUACCACUCGAAUACAUGUUUGAUGAGAACCACUUCAAAGAUGCCUUUACCCUCAGCUGUCCCCAGAUCACGCUCUACGACAAUAUCAAGGACAUACCCGGCAUAGGUAGCAAGCCUAACAUCGAGCAUAUCACACCCAAGAAGUUUGGAAACCGCGAAGGCUGCGAUUGGCGAGACCAGAAUCGUCACACGGAUCGUUUCGGUGAUAGAUUCCGCAGGUGGUUGAACGAUGUCAAGAAUGGACAACUCCCACCGUCGAAAGAUCACCCGCGAUUAAUACGUUUUAAUUGGGGUGUUCUCUGGGACUGGCAGGUCUAUCGUGACGGCCCCGAAUUUGCGAACACGUUCGGUAACAUCCUAAAAUUCAAUGAUCAGCUGCUUCGCCUAGGAGAGGUUACGCUACAAAAAAUGCAUGCGUAUGCGAAGGCUAAUGGAGUCGAGGAUGGCAAGUUCCUCGGCGUACACUUGAGAACAGAGAGCGACGCGCUGAGCUUCUGGCCGACUUACACUACUCAGACGGAUGCCUAUCUAAAACAAGCUACCAAGCGAGGCUUUGAAGCGGCGUACAUAGCCACGGGAGACCCUCUCGAGGCGCAAAAUUUUGCAGGGGCAGCCAUCGAGAUGGCGCAGAUGAGAGUGGUUAGCAAGACAGAUCUGCUAGAGGACGAAGAUUUAGAAGAGCUGGAGUCGUUGAGCUGGGAUCAACAGGGCCUAAUCGAUCUGAUCGUCCUCCUGGGGAGUGACUACUUUGUAGGUACAAUGCCGAGUAGUUUCUCGAUUUACAUAGCGAUGAAGCGGCACUUAAAGACGGAAGGUAUCUAUACGAGGCCUUAUAAGGUCGGAUCGGAAGGAGAUGGACUGUCGUAUCUCGUGGGUAACUAUGAAAAGUACUGGGAAGGUUGGCUCUACAUGUGGGAUGGUAUGUGGCCUUGA